CAGCCAGCUAGCCAAGGCAGGCAGGCAGGGGCCCGGACUCCAGCCAGCCAGCCAACGCAUGCAGGCAGGUGCCAGGACUCCAGUCAGCCAGCCAAGGCAGGCAGGCAGGAGCCAGGACUCCAGCCUGCCAGCCAAGGCAGGCAGGCAGUGGCCAGGACUCCAGCCAGCCAGCGAAGGCAGGCAGGCAGGGGCCCGAACUCCAGCCAUCCAGUCAAGGCAGGCAGGCAGGGGCCAGGACUCCAGUCAGCAAAACAAUGCAGGCAGGCAGGAGCCAGGACUCCAGCCAGCCAGCCAAGGCAGGCAGGCAGUGGCCAGGAAUCCAGCCAGCCGGACAUGGCAGGCAGGCAGGGGCCCGGACUCCAGCCAGGCAGCCAAGGCAGGCAGGCAGGGGCCAGGACUCCAGCCAGCCAGCCAAGGCAGCCAGGCAGGAGCCAGGACUCCAGCCAGCCAGCCAAGGCAGGCAGGCAGUGGCCAGGACUCCAGCCAGCCAGCGAAGGCAGGCAGGCAGGGGCCCGGACUCCAGCCAGCCAGCCAAGGCAGGCAGGCAGGGGCCAGGACUCCAGUCAGCCAGCCAAGGCAGCCAGGCAGGAGCCAGGACUCCAGCCAGCCAGCUAAGGCAGGCAGGCCGUGGCCAGGACUCCAGCCAGCUAGCCAAGCCAGGCAGGCAGGGGCCAGGACUCCAGUCAUCAAAACAAUGCAGGCAGGCAGGAGCCAGGACUCCAGCCAUCCAGCCAAGGCAAGAAGGCAGGAGUCAGGACUCCAGCCAGCUAGCCAAGGCAGGCAGGCAGGGGCCCGGACUCCAGCCAGCCAGCCAAGGCAGGCAGGCAGGGGCCAGGACUCCAGCCAGCCAGCCAAGGCAGGCAGGCAGUGGCCAGGACUCCAGCCAGCCAGCGAAGGCAGGCAGGCAGGGGCCCGGACUCCAGCCAGCCAGCCAAGGCAGGCAGGCAGGGGCCAGGACUCCAGCCAGCCAGCCAAGGCAGGCAGGCAAGGACCACGACUACAGGCUGCCAGACAAGGCAGGCAGGCAGUGGCCAGGAAUCCAGCCAGCCGGACAUGGCAGGCAGGCAUGAGCCAGGACUCCAGCCAGCUAGCCAAGGCAGGCAGGCAGGAGCCAGGACUCCAGUCAGCAAUCCAAUGCAGGCAGGCAGGAGCCAGGACUCCAGAAAGCCAGCCAAGGCAGGCAGGCAGGGGCCCGGACUCCAGUCAGCCAGCCAAGGCAGCCAGGCAGGAGCCAGGACUCCAGCCAGCCAGCCAAGGCAGGCAGGCAGUGGCCAGGACUCCAGCCAGCCAGCCAAGGCAGGCAGGCAGGGGCCAGGACUCCAGUCAGCAAAACAAUGCAGGCAGGCAGGAGGCAGGACUCCAGCCAGGUAUCCAAGCCAGGCAGGCAGGAGCCAGGACUCCAGCCAGCCAGGCAAGGCAGGCAGGCAGGGGCCCGGACUCCAGCCAGCCAGCCAAGGCAGGUAGGCAGGGGCCAGAAAUCCAGCCAGGUAGCCAAGGCAGGCAGCUAGGAGCCAGGACUCCAGAAAGCCAGCCAAGGCAGGCAAGCAGGGGCCCGGACUCCAGCCAGCCAGCCAAGGCUGGCAGGCAGGGGCCAGGACUCCAGUCAGACAGCCAAGGCAGGCAGGCAGGAGCCAGGACUCCAGCCACCCAGCCAAGGCAGGCAGGCAGUGGUCAGGACUCCAGCCAGCUAGCCAAGGGAGGCAGGCAGGAGCCAGGACUCCAGACAGCAGUCCAAUACAGGCAGGCAGGAGCCCGGACUCCAGCCAGUCAGCCAAGGUAGGCAGGCAGGGGCCAGGACUCCAGUCAGCCAGCCAAGGCAGGCAAGGAGGGGCCAGGACUACAGCCAGCUAGCAAAGGCAGGCAGGCAGGAGCCAGGACUCCAGUAAGCAAGCCAAGGCAGGCAGGCAGGGGCCCGGACUCCAGCCAGCCAGCCAAGGUAGGCAGGCAGGUGCCAGGACUCCAGCCAGCCAGCCAAGGCAGGCAGGCCGUGGCCAGGACUCCAGCCAGCUAGCCAAGCCAGGCAGGCAGGGGCCAGGACUCCAGUCAGCAAAACAAUGCAGGCAGGCAGGAGCCAGGAAUCCAGCCAGCCGGACAUGGCAGGCAGGCAUGAGCCAGGACUCCAGACAUCCUGUCAAGGCAGGCAGGCAGGAGCCAGGACUCCAGCCAUCCAGCCAAGGCAGGAAGGCAGGAGUCAGGACUCCAGCCAGCUAGCCAAGGCAGGCAGGCAAAGGCCCGGACUCUAGCCAGCCAGCCAAGGCAGGCAGGCAGGGGCCAGGACUCCAGCCAGCCUACCACAGCAGGCAGGCAAGAGCCAGGACUCCAGUCAGCUAGCCAAUGCAGGCAGGAAGGGGCCAGGACUCCAGCCAUCCAGCCAAGGCAGGAAGGCAGGAGUCAGGACUCCAGCCAGCUAGCCAAGGCAGGCAGGCAGGGGCCCGGACUCCAGCCAGCCAGCCAAGGCAGGCAGGCAGGUGCCAGGACUCCAGUCAGCCAGCCAAGGCAGGCAGGCAGGAGCCAGGACUCCAGCCAGCCAGCCAAGGCAGGCAGGCAGUGGCCAGGACUCCAGCCAGCCAGCGAAGGCAGGCAGGCAGGGGCCCGGACUCCAGCCAGCCAGGCAAGGCAGCCAGGCAGGAGCCAGGACUCCAGCCAGCCAGCCAAGGCAGGCAGGCAGGGGCCAGGACUCCAGCCAGCCAGCGAAGGCAGGCAGGCAGGGGCCCGGACUCCAGCCAGCCAGCCAAGGCAGCCAGGCAGGAGCCAGGACUCCAGCCAGCCAGCUAAGGCAGGCAGGCCGUGGCCAGGACUCCAGCCAGCUAGCCAAGCCAGGCAGGCAGGGGCCAGGACUCCAGUCAUCAAAACAAUGCAGGCAGGCAGGAGCCAGGACUCCAGCCAUCCAGCCAAGGCAAGAAGGCAGGAGUCAGGACUCCAGCCAGCUAGCCAAGGCAGGCAGGCAGGGGCCCGGACUCCAGCCAGCCAGCCAAGGCAGGCAGGCAGGGGCCAGGACUCCAGCCAGCCAGCCAAGGCAGGCAGGCAGUGGCCAGGACUCCAGCCAGCCAGCGAAGGCAGGCAGGCAGGGGCCCGGACUCCAGCCAGCCAGCCAAGGCAGGCAGGCAAGGACCACGACUACAGGCUGCCAGACAAGGCAGGCAGGCAGUGGCCAGGAAUCCAGCCAGCCGGACAUGGCAGGCAGGCAUGAGCCAGGACUCCAGCCAGCUAGCCAAGGCAGGCAGGCAGGAGCCAGGACUCCAGUCAGCAAUCCAAUGCAGGCAGGCAGGAGCCAGGACUCCAGAAAGCCAGCCAAGGCAGGCAGGCAGGGGCCCGGACUCCAGUCAGCCAGCCAAGGCAGCCAGGCAGGAGCCAGGACUCCAGCCAGCCAGCCAAGGCAGGCAGGCAGUGGCCAGGACUCCAGCCAGCUAGCCAAGGCAGGCAGGCAGGGGCCAGGACUCCAGUCAGCAAAACAAUGCAGGCAGGCAGGAGGCAGGACUCCAGCCAGGUAUCCAAGCCAGGCAGGCAGGAGCCAGGACUCCAGCCAGCCAGGCAAGGCAGGCAGGCAGGGGCCCGGACUCCAGCCAGCCAGCCAAGGCAGGUAGGCAGGGGCCAGAAAUCCAGCCAGGUAGCCAAGGCAGGCAGCUAGGAGCCAGGACUCCAGAAAGCCAGCCAAGGCAGGCAAGCAGGGGCCCGGACUCCAGCCAGCCAGCCAAGGCUGGCAGGCAGGGGCCAGGACUCCAGUCAGACAGCCAAGGCAGGCAGGCAGGAGCCAGGACUCCAGCCACCCAGCCAAGGCAGGCAGGCAGUGGUCAGGACUCCAGCCAGCUAGCCAAGGGAGGCAGGCAGGAGCCAGGACUCCAGACAGCAGUCCAAUACAGGCAGGCAGGAGCCCGGACUCCAGCCAGUCAGCCAAGGUAGGCAGGCAGGGGCCAGGACUCCAGUCAGCCAGCCAAGGCAGGCAAGGAGGGGCCAGGACUACAGCCAGCUAGCAAAGGCAGGCAGGCAGGAGCCAGGACUCCAGUAAGCAAGCCAAGGCAGGCAGGCAGGGGCCCGGACUCCAGCCAGCCAGCCAAGGUAGGCAGGCAGGUGCCAGGACUCCAGCCAGCCAGCCAAGGCAGGCAGGCCGUGGCCAGGACUCCAGCCAGCUAGCCAAGCCAGGCAGGCAGGGGCCAGGACUCCAGUCAGCAAAACAAUGCAGGCAGGCAGGAGCCAGGAAUCCAGCCAGCCGGACAUGGCAGGCAGGCAUGAGCCAGGACUCCAGACAUCCUGUCAAGGCAGGCAGGCAGGAGCCAGGACUCCAGCCAUCCAGCCAAGGCAGGAAGGCAGGAGUCAGGACUCCAGCCAGCUAGCCAAGGCAGGCAGGCAAAGGCCCGGACUCUAGCCAGCCAGCCAAGGCAGGCAGGCAGGGGCCAGGACUCCAGCCAGCCUACCACAGCAGGCAGGCAAGAGCCAGGACUCCAGUCAGCUAGCCAAUGCAGGCAGGAAGGGGCCAGGACUCCAGCCAUCCAGCCAAGGCAGGAAGGCAGGAGUCAGGACUCCAGCCAGCUAGCCAAGGCAGGCAGGCAGGGGCCCGGACUCCAGCCAGCCAGCCAAGGCAGGCAGGCAGGUGCCAGGACUCCAGUCAGCCAGCCAAGGCAGGCAGGCAGGAGCCAGGACUCCAGCCAGCCAGCCAAGGCAGGCAGGCAGUGGCCAGGACUCCAGCCAGCCAGCGAAGGCAGGCAGGCAGGGGCCCGGACUCCAGCCAGCCAGGCAAGGCAGCCAGGCAGGAGCCAGGACUCCAGCCAGCCAGCCAAGGCAGCCAGGCAGGGGCCCGGACUCCAGCCAGCCAGCCAAGGCAGGCAGGCAGGGGCCAGGACUCCAGCCAGCCAGACAUGGCAGGCAGGCAGGAGCCAGGACUCCAGCCAGCUAGGCAAGGCAGGCAGGCAGGAGCCAGGACUCCAGCCAGCCUGCCAAGGCAGGCAAGCAAGGACCACGACUACAGGCUGCCAGACAAGGCAGGCAGGCAGUGGCCAGGACUCCAGCUAGCCAACCAAGGUAGGCAGGCAGGGGCCCAGACUCCAGCCAGCCAACCAAUGUAGGCAGGCAGGGGCCAGGACUCCAGUCAGCCAGCCAAGGCAGGCAGGCAGGGGCCAGGACUCCAGCCAGCUAGCCAAGGCAGGCAGGCAGGAGCCAGGACUCCAGCCAGCCAGCCAAGGUAGGCAGGCAGGGGCCAGGAUUCCAGUCAGCCAGCCAAGGCAGGCAGGCAGGGGCCAGGACUCCAGCCAGCUAGCCAAGGCAGGCAGGCAGGAGCCAGGACUCCAGCCAGCCAGCCAAGGCAGGGAGGCAGGAGCCAGGACUCCAGUCAGCAAGCCAAGGCAGGCAGGCAGGAGCCAGGACUCCAGCCAGCCAGCCAAGGCAGGCAGGCAGGGGCCAGGACUCCAGCCAUCCAGUCAAGGCAGGCAGGCAGGAGCCAGGACUCUAGUCAGCAAUCCAAUGCAGGCAGGCAGGAGCCAGGACUCCAGCCAGGUAGCCAAGGCAGUCAGGCAGGAGCCAGGACUCCAGCCAGCCAGCCAAGGCAGGCAGGUAGGGGCCCGGACUCCAGCCAGCCAGCCAAGGCAGCCAGGCAGGAGCCAGGACAACAGCCAGCUAGCCAAGGCAGGAAGGCAGGAGCCAGGACUCCAGCCAUCCAGCCAAGGCAGGCAGGCAGGAGCCAGGACUCCAGCCAGCCAGCCAAGGUAGGCAGGCAGGUGCCAGGACUCCAGUCAGCCAGCCAAGGCAGGCAGGCAGGUGCCAGGACUCCAGUCAGCCAGCCAAGGCAGGCAGGCAGGAGCCAGGACUCCAGCCAGGUAGCGAAGGCAGCCGGGCAGGAGCGAGGACUCCAGCCAUCCAGCCAAGGCAGGAAGGCAGGAGCCAGGACUCCAGGCAGCCAGACAAGGCAGGCAGGCAGUGGCUAGGACUCCAGCCAGCCAACCAAGGCAGGCAGACAGGAGCCAGGACUCCAGCAAGCCAACCAAGGUAGGCAGGCAGGGGCCAGGACUCCAGUCAGCCAGCCAAGGCAGGCAGGCAGGGGCCAGGACUCCAGCCAGCUAGCCAAGGCAGGCAGGCAGGAGCCAGGACUCCAGCCAGCCAGACAUGGCAGGCAAGGAGGGCCACGGUUCCAUCAAGCCAGCCAAGGCAGGCAGGCAGGAGCCAGACACCAGCCAUCCAGCCAAGGCAGGAAGGCAGGAGCCAGGACUCCAGCCAGCCAGCCAAGGCAGGCAGGCAGGGGCCCGGACUCCAGCCAGCCAGCCAAGGUAGGCAAGCAGGGGCCAGGACUCCAGUCAGCCAGCCAAGGCAGGCAGGCAGGGGCCAGGACUCCAGUCAGCCAGCCAAUGCAGGCAGGCAGGAGCCAGGACUCCAGCCAGCAAGCCAAGGCAGACAAGCAAGGACCACGACUACAGGCUGCCAGACAAGGCAGGCAGGCAGUGGCCAGGACUACAGCCAGCCAGACAUGGCAGGCAGGCAGGAGCCAGUACUCCAGUCAGCAAGCCAAUGCAGGCAGGCAGGAGCCAGGACUCCAGCCAGGUAGCCAAGGCAGGCAGGCAGGGGCCCGGACUCCAGCCAGCCAGCCAAGGCAGGCAGGCAGGGGCCAGGAUUCCAGCCAGCCAGCCAAGGCAGCCAGGCAGGAGCCAGGACUCCAGCAAGCCAGCCAAGGCAGGCAGGAUGGAGCCAGGACUCCAGCCAGCUACCCAAGGCAGGUAGGCAGGAGCCUGGACUCCAGCCAGGUUGCCAAGGCAGGCAGGCAGGGGCCAGGACUCCAGCCAGCCAGCCAAGGUAGACAGGCAGGGGCCAGGACUCCAAUCAGCCAGCCAAGGCAGGCAGGCAGUGGCCAGGACUCCAGCCAGCCAGACAUGGCAGGCAGGCUGGAGCCAGGACUCCAGCCAUCCAGUCAAGGCAGGCAGGUAGGCAGGAGCCAGGACUGGAGCCUUCCAGUCAAGGCAGGCAGGCAGGAGCCAUGACUCCACUCAGCAACCCAAUGCAGGCAGGCAGGAACCAGUACUCCAGCCAGGUAGCCAAGGCAGGCAGGCAUGGGCCCGGACUCCAGCCAGCUAGCCAAGGCAGGCAGGCGGGAGCCAGGACUCCAGUCAGCUUGAUAAGGCAGGCAGGCAGGAGCCAGGACUCCAGUCAGCAAGCCAAUGCAGGCAGGCAGGAGCCAGGACUCCAGUCAGCCAGCCAAGGCAGGCAGGCAGGAGCCAGGACUCCAGCCAGCCAGCCAAGGCAGGCAGGCAGGAGCCAGGACUCCAGUCAGCAAGACAAUGCAGGCAGGCAGGAACCAGGACACCAGCCAGGUAUCCAAGGCAGGCAGGGAGGAGCCAGCACUCCAGUCAGCAUGCCAAUGCAGGCAGGCAGGAGCCAGGACUCCAGCCAGGUAGCCAAGGCAGCCAGGCAGGAGCCAGGACUCCAGCCAGCCAGCCAAGGCAGCCAGGCAGGAGCCAGGACUCCAGCCAGCUAGCCAAGGCAGGCAGGCAGGGGCCCGGACUCCAGCCAGCUAGCCAAGGCAGUCAGGCGGGAGCCAGGACUCCAGUCAGCUUGCUAAGGCAGGCAGGCAGGAGCCAGGACUCCAGUCAGCAAGCCAAUGCAGGCAGGCAGGGGCCAGGACUCCAGUCAGCAAGCCAAUGCAGGCAGGCAGGAGCCAGGACUCCAGGCAGGUAGCCAAGGCAGGCAGGCAGGAGCCAGGACUCCAGCCAGCAAGCCAAGGCAGGCAAGGAGGGACCACGACUACAGACUGCCAGACAAGGCAGGCAGGCAUUGGCCAGGACUC